AAUAACAAUUAGUCUUUUUGGUAAUAAAACGAGGUACAAACAAACAGAAGAAGAAGGAAGAAAAAGCUUCCAUUCCAUGGCAUGCUCUCCUUCUACAACGCUCUUCUUGUCCAAUUCACCACUUCACCUUAACAAAAAUACAAACCAGUUUCCACUGCAAGCAUUUCCCACCUUGUCACUAAAUCAAAACCUUCAAUUAUAUUCCAAGAAUCUACUCAAUCUCUCAACAAACCGCCACCAUGCAACGACCCUGCCUUCUGCUUCUGCAGGAGUUGAGUCUCCAGUGUUGAGUGAGGACACCACAGGUUCAUUGGAUUCUGUGAAAGUGUUUGAUUUGAAUGGAAAUGGGAUUCCAAUUUCUGAUUUGUGGAAAGAUAGGAAAGCUGUUGUGGCAUUUGCUCGCCACUUUGGGUGCGUGCUUUGCCGCAAAAGGGCUGAUUAUCUUGCAGCCAAGAAGGAUCUAAUGGAUGCAUCUGGAGUCGCACUUGUUCUAAUUGGACCUGGGAGCGUUGAUCAGGCCAAAGCCUUUGCUGAGCAAACAAAAUUUGGAGGAGAAAUCUAUGCAGACCCAACUCACUCAUCAUAUGAGGCCUUCAAUUUUGUUUCUGGAGUUUUAACUACAUUUACCCCCAAUGCAGGUCUUAAGAUAAUACAAUUAUAUAUGGAAGGUUAUCGACAAGAUUGGAAGCUUUCAUUUGAAAAGGACACCGUUAGUAGAGGAGGCUGGAAACAAGGAGGAAUUAUAGUUGCAGGUCCUGGCAAAAAUAACAUCUCAUACUUACACAAGGACAAAGAAGCAGGGGAUGAUCCAGAAAUUGAAGAUAUCUUAAAAGCAUGUUGCUCGUGAAGCAAGAAAAGAAGGAGCCACUCUUUUCCUUCUUUAUUUAUCUUACUUCGUGAAGGGUGGCACUCUCAUCAUGAAGCAUUGUGUACAUCAUAUUUACCUGCUUCUUAUGCUGAGCAGUUGCUUUGCCUUGAGGUUCAGUUAUAAGAUACAUUUAGUACCCGCCACUCGCCAAAUGAAGCUCUCAAUUUGUAACCUAUCACUACUAGACUCUUAAUCUUGUAUAUAACAUCUUUCCUUUUCAAGAGAAAUUGAUUGCGGUCCU